AUGAUGGCUGUUAGGGCUGUUCCGUCACUGAUUCGUCCGUUAUUGAACUUUCUUCUGCCAUCUUUCUGGAAAUACAAGGCAUCGAUUCGACGUGGAAAAGCUAUCCUUAUCCCGGAAAUUGAACAGAGGCGACACCUCGAGGCCACUGACCCGGACUACAAGAAGCCAAACGACCUGUUGCAGGCGAUGAUGGACUUAUCCACACCAGGCGGCAGAGACAGCCAACCAAGCAACCUCGCUCAUCGGCAACUCGUCAUAACUUUAGUUGCCGGACACAGUGCUGCGGCUGCUGGUUCUCAUGCGCUAUUCGAUCUUGUUGCCCAACCUCGGUAUCUGAAAGAGAUCCGAGAUGAGGCCGCCGAGGCACUCCAAGGGCAAGGGGACGGUUGGGGAAAGCAGACACUCAGCAAGCUACUAAAGAUGGAUAGCUUCCUAAGAGAAUCUCAAAGGUGGAGUCCUCCAAGUCUACGAUUCCAUCGCGUUGUGGAGGACCCGGAAGGUAUCACUCUCCAUGACGGCGUCCACCUCCGCCACGGCACGCACCUCUGUAUGAUGCCACACGCCAUUUCCAGUGACCCUUCCGUGAUCCCUAACGCCUCAGUCUUCGAUGGCCUGCGGUACUAUCGGCUACGCCGCCAGAGCCCGGCCGAGGCAAUGAAGCACCAGUACGCCACUGCGGACAAAAACCACAUGCAUUUUGGAUACGGUACCUGGUCAUGUCCGGGCCGAUUCCUCGCGUCCAAUGAGCUUAAGAUGAUCCUCGCCACGCUUCUCCUACGGUAUGAGUUCAAGUAUCCAGAGGGAAGUUCGAGGCCGAUUAAUAGGAAUAUUGAUGAGUUCCCGUACGUCGAUACGGAUACGGAGCUUCUGAUCAGGCGCAGAAGGGGAGCUUAG